AUGGAAGCUCCACCUAAAUCGUUAAAUCACGUCAAACAUAUCGUGUUAAUCCUCUCGGGGAAAGGAGGUGUUGGAAAAUCCUCUGUAACUACCCAGACAGCCCUUACUUUACAUGCACAAGGUUACAGUGUAGGAGUAUUGGAUAUUGACUUGACCGGGCCCUCUCUUCCGCGAAUGUUUGGAGUUGAAGAAAGGCAAGUGCAUCAAUCAACUAACGGAUGGAUCCCGGUACAAGUAUGCCCUAAGUUAUAUCUUAUGUCACUAGGAUUUCUUAUAUCGAAUCGGAAUAACUCUGUCGUGUGGCGUGGACCAAAGAAAACUGCCAUGAUUAAACAGUUUUUACAAGAUGUGUGUUGGGGAAGUGAGAGUGAACCAUUGGACUAUUUGCUUAUUGAUACUCCACCAGGUACUUCAGAUGAGCAUAUCGCUAUAGCUGAAGAAUUAAGAUGGGCUAACCCCGAUGGAGCCAUCAUUGUAACUACACCACAACAAGUAUCAACUGCAGACGUGAGAAAGGAAAUUAACUUUUGUAAUAAAGUCAAUUUUGAAGUGUUGGGGAUAGUGGAGAAUAUGUCGGGAUUCAUAUGUCCUUAUUGUGCCGAAUGCACCAAUAUAUUCCUGUCGGGAGGAGGGAAACAAUUGAGUGAGAGUUUGGCGUUGCCUUACUUGGGUAACAUCCCUAUUGAUCCUCUGUUCGUUGAACUUAUCGAGUUACAAGAUAACAACACCAAGGGCAAGUCACUUGUCGAGUUAUACGACAAAUGCCUGUUGAAACCAAUUAUGAAUGAGAUUAUAGGAAAGAUUUUACAAAAAAAUUUACCCAGUAGAAUCUAG